CCUGUCAGGUCCCAGAGGAAAGGACAGAGAGGACUGCACUCUCCCCAGGCAACAAACUUUUUAGGGUAGAGGGCAAGGACUUCUGGUCUGAAGCAGAGGGUGACAAGAACUGCUCUGUCUCUGAAUCUAUCAUGGAACAGAUCAAUGGAUCUGUCCAGAUGGAGCGUGUGCUGCUGUACACCUUCCUGGAGGUGUCCUCUGACUGUAAGUUCAGAGAGCAGCUGCAUUCCCUGCAAAGCCAGGGGAUUGUGCCUUUCCCAAAAGGCAGCUAUGGCUAUGAUGAUGAGGUGGAACUUCAGACUGAUGGCAAUCGGAGUGGCCACUUGCAGAAUGGUGAGCUAGUGUUUGACCCUGAGGUAAAUGAAGAAGUUAUCCGGAUCAUUGCUGCUCAGCUUGCUGAGAUUGGAGACCAGUUUGAUAAAGAAAUCAAAGCAAGAGUAGUAAAUGAUCUAGCGCAGCACUUUCUAAAUGAGAAUCUGUCUGGAGAGGAGAUAACCCAGCGCAUGUCGGAGGCAGUGGAAGGGCUUGCACGAGCCAUCCCCUCAGACAUGGAACAGGAGAAGGCCAUGUUGGUGCUAGCAAUGGUCUUAACUAAAAAAAUUGCGAAUACAAUGCCUUCCCUUCUACAACGUGUCUUCAGCACCACUGUGAACUACAUUAGCCAGCAGCUUCACAACUACAUUGUUAGAAUGCUGCGUGAGUGAGCUCUCCAGCCCUCUGUGUGGAGAAUGUGGAUUCCUGAAGACUUCUCUUGAUGUAUAUGAAUCACUUCUUUUGCUCAACUUCUGAGAUACAGCUGUGAAAGGGAAGGCAGAGCUUCAUAGAUAGGCUUUUGUAGACUAGCACAGCAAUGACGGUAGUGUGAGCUGCAUGCCAGCUCUGCCAGUACCUGUAAGGAGUAGCGCUUGCCCUCUCUCAUUUUACAAUAGUUUUUUUCUUUUUUUUCCUGUUUUUUUUCUGGUGUUUUUGGGUUUUUUUAAUCUUAGCAGUAGCAGACUUUGUGCAGACCCUGGUUUGUGCCUCCAGAGGAAAUGCUGUGGGCACAGAGUCUGCCCUCUCAGUAUUUUUUUCUAAUAAGCUGUAGUGUUUUGCUUUAGUUAUGCUCUUCCCAGCCCCGCUCCUUGUGCUGCAGCUGAGCCAUGCUGAGUAUUAAUUGUUCCCAGGAAGGCCUCAGGCUGUAGAAUGGGUGGUUGAUCAGCACAGAUUGCCAAGGGGGGGGUGGGAAUCGGGUCUAUCUUAGAGGGGAGCUGGCAGCAAGAGGGAGCAGCCCUAAAGGAGGUAGGAGUGUUUGGCCAGGGAAGGCUGAAGUAAAGAUGCUUCAGUAUCAAUCACCAUAAACCUGUGCUUGCUUGAAAAAUCAAACAAGAAACGGUAAAGAAAAGGGCAGGUGUAGGUACAGGCCACAUUCUUUCAGGGAACACAACCUGGAUAUGCUUGAGGAAAAGUAUUUAGCUUUAGAGUAUCUUGCUAUAAAGAGAAAGAAGGUAUCAGCCUUGGACCAGGAAGCAUACCUGGCAUCUCUUAUGAGUGUAUCGCAGUCACAUCUCAGGAUCAACAAACUUGGACUCGGGUUGUUUGAUACAUACCUGUAGUCCUACACAAGGUGGCAAAAGCUUUACUGGUGAUCCAGCUGCCUCAGAAGUUUUGAAAUGAUGUAAAUAUUUUGUGGAAUUUUUUAACUUAAAUAAAAUUGUCAGUUCUCAUGGCAAUACAGCUCUUAAGAAUUUCAAUUUCCACCUGGAUUUUUUUGGCCUUGUCGGUAAGUAUUCAUUGCAGUGCAAGUACUGCAUGCUUAUGAUGCAGCUGGCAGCAAUAGAGACAUUCUGGUCCUGGCCUUGUGCCUUGC